AUGGAGAAUCUGACGGCGCAGUUUUUCCACAGCGCGACGCUACAGAAGCCACCGCCUCCGCUAUGGAAUUCGAAGAGAAGGUUCUUCAGUUCAUUAUACUCGAGACCGAAACCCAUUACCGUCUUCUCCGCUACUCUCCGCCGCUCUUUUCCCUUGUCUCACGAUGACGCGACGCAGCCCAGCUCUCUUCUCGCCGAUAGCUUCAACCACCACCAUCGGUUGCUCAAUUCACUGCUGCGGAGACUUGAACGUCCCGGCUCGUGUCCGUUGCUGCUGCUUCAGGAAGAUGGAGACUGGAGCAAAGACCAUUUCUGGGCCGUCAUUCGAUUUCUCCGCCAAUCCUCAAGACUCCACGACCUUCUUCCUGUUUUUGAUGCGUGGAAGAGUCUAGAAUGUUCAAGAAUAAGCGAGGCGAAUUACGAGAGGAUUAUAAGGUUCUUAUGCGAAGAAAGAUCGAUGAAUGAAGCAGUUCGAGCUUUCAACUCCAUGAUUGAUGAUCACGAGCUAAGUCCGUCUUUGGAAAUCUACAAUUCAAUCAUCCACGGUUAUGCUGAUGAAGGGAAGUUCGAAGAAGCUAUCUUCUACUUGAAUCAUAUGAAAGAGAAGGAUCUUUCACCGGAAACUGAUACAUACGACGGUUUGAUUGAAGCAUAUGGUAAAUGGAAAAUGUAUGAUGAGAUUGUUCUGUGCCUCAAGAGAAUGGAAUCUGACGGUUGUGUGCGUGACCAUGUUACUUACAAUCUACUCAUACGCGAGUUUUCUCGAGGAGGUUUGCUUAAGAGGAUGGAGCAAAUGUACCAGAGCUUGAUGUCGAGGAAGAUGACUCUGGAGCCUUGUACAUUGUUGUCAAUGCUUGAAGCUUAUGCAGAGUUUGGGCUUUUAGAAAAGAUGGAGUUAACGUAUAACAAGAUCAUACGGUUUGGGAUUUCUCUAGAUGAAGGUUUGGUUAGGAAAUUAGCUAAUGUUUAUAUUGAUAACCUCAUGUUCUCGAGACUCGAUGAUUUGGGUCGUGGCAUUCGUAGGACUGAUCUGGCUUGGUGUCUUAGGCUUCUGUGUCAUGCCCGUCUUGUGAGUCGGAAAGGUUUGGAUUACGUUGUUAAAGAGAUGGAAGAAGCUAGAGUUCCUUGGAAUGCAACUUUCGCCAAUAUCGUGCUUUUAGCUUACUCGAAGAUGGGCGAUUUCAAGGGCGUUGAGCUGUUACUCGAUGAGCUACGGAGGAAACAUGUGAAGCUUGAUCUUGUGACAGUAGGGAUCGUCUUCGACUUAAGUAAAGCUGGUUUCGACGGUACUGGAGUUUUUAUGAGUUGGAAGAAAAUUGGGUUUCUUGAUAAGCCUGUGGAAAUGAAGACUGAUCCUUUGGUUCAUGCUGCUUUUGGGAAGGGACAUUUUCUUAGAAGCUGUGAAGAAUUGAAGAACGAAGAAUCAAAGCUAUGGAGUUACCAGUAUUUAAUGGAACUUGUGGUUAAGAAUCAGAAAGAAGCUGAACCAUAG